AUGAAGUCCAUUACACUGUCAUUGCUUAUCCUGGCUUUGGCCAUUACACUAUCAUUAGCCACAUCUUCUGAAAUGGAUGGACAAAACUCUAAUCUUCAAGGAACAAGCCACUUCUUCCUUUCCCGAAAACAAAACAAAAUCUCUCUUACAUGUGACAAAUACCCAAAGAUUUGUAAUAUCAAAGGUAGUGCAGGCCCUGAUUGCUGUAACAACAGUUGUGUCAAUAUUACCGCAGACGUGUUUAAUUGUGGGAGGUGUGGAAAGAAAUGUAGCUUUCCCAAAAUAUGUUGUGAAGGUAAGUGCGUGAACCCUAAGAGUAAUGAGAAACAUUGUGGGAAAUGUGGUAACAAGUGCGACAAUAGAGGUUCUUGUGUUUAUGGAAUGUGCAGCUAUGCCUAG